UUGCGCAGCUACCUGUUUUACUCGAUCCAUGGGGCCGUUCUCUCUUUUCUCUUUCUCUUACUACUUCUUCUCUUUCUCUUUAGUAUCGUGCACGGUGUCACGGCAGUAGGACGGUCUCCGAUCGCGGUGCUGAUUCUUCGGUAAAGGGCAACGACUCACGAAGUGAAAAUAAUGUCUUCUUGUGCACAUCGAAUGGAAUCGCGGUGAACAGUGUGAAGCCUAGUCUGUUCAAAGGUUUAGGACGGAUAUUUCUUGGAGAAGAAACGUGAGUACGCUGCAGCAGCCAGGUUGGAAAUGCAUCGAAGGAGAGUUUAAGAAGGAGCAAUGGAGGACGAGCCACGAGAUACCUGUUUUGGGGCAGGAAAUGUGGCAGGGGCUGUAAUCGGUACUUUCCUUACAACAAUUCUCCUGCUGCUGGUUGCUGCGCUCCUUUACAGACAGUGGCGUAGGCACAAGGGAAAACACUUAGUACUGGUGACUGAUCCAGAAAUCGUCGAAGAAGCCUAUGCCUUUGACAAUCCUUGUUUCAAGGAUGUCACAACAUCGUCAACUAACCGAAUUCGAGAGGUACCGGUGUCUCUGACAACUGGAGACACUUCAAGCAAAGAUUCUGCACGAUGGUCUACCUCCUGGACAUCCUUAGGACUGGGCUCGACUAACCGCACCGAUAAACGAAAAACUCUCGACGAUUCGUGCCUUGGGCCGAAAGCAACAAGGAUCAAUAUAGUCAGCUUAAAAAGCCGAGAUUUCACAGGGCUGGGAUUUAAUAUUUGUGGCAAUAUGAGAGAAGGAAUCUUUGUUAAAGAUCUUCUACAUCGUGGACCUGCAUCGGAAUCCGGUCGAAUACAUCCAGGUGAUCGUAUAGCUAGUGUAAAAAUCAGUUUUCGGAAUAUGGUUUACGAAGAUGCCUUAACGAUUUUAAGUUAUGCUUCCCCAUACGACGUAAAGCUCGAGGUAGAAAGCGGUGGAAUUGGAUCGAAGCCAACCACACUUUUGAAAAAAAGUGUUGGUCCCAGCGCGGCAAGAAUUUGCCAUCCUUUAUACAGGAGUCAAUCAAUUCCAGAACUCUCACAAUCGAAGAGUAUUGCGAAAAGACUCUUCAUAGUUGAUCCGAAUGACUCUAUCAAUUCUAACUAUUCGACGAUGAAUUCGACUUUAAAAUCCACAAAAUCCACACCAAAUAGUCAAAUAUUUGAAAAAUGUCAUGACGAGUCCAAGGGCAAUCACUAUAAAUUUGGUAUUAAAGUUUUACCCUCCCUUGAUGGAACAGUUCAUCGCAUUGAAAAUCAAAAUGAACAUAACACAAAUCUUGAAAGAAAACAUUCAAAGAAACUCGAUACAGAGAAACAUUUGUCAAAUAUGAACGAAGCUUCCAGAGUUGGUGACAAAAAGGAAGAAGCUCAAUGUCAGCAAACGUCACAAGUAUUGCAAGUUCCUAAGGGGAAAAAUGAUACCUUCGAACUGCAUAACGAUACAUUAAAUAAAAGCAGCAAACUUAGUGAUGCGUCGAUUCACGUACCAUCCGAAGUACCAACGGAAGUUCAUAACGCAGCUAUGGCCGCUCGUAGAAACCGAAAAAAUAGUUCUGAGCUAUUAAAUAUGCCAAAAAAUAUAGAUUCCAUCGAGGUAGAGGAUUCCAAAAAUCAGCAAAAGAAUAAAAGGAAAGCUCCACCACCACCAAAAAGCAAUAAUUACGAAAUCGAAUGUACUUCUACUAUGAAGAAAAAUUCGUCGGCUACGAAAGAAUACGAUUUGAGAAAAGAAGAUGAAAUCAGUAGCAUUACUGAUUAUACGGAUUCUUUAUCCGAAUAUAUAAAGAAAGUACGCGAAACUACAGAGAGAGUAGAUCCACGUGUAGAAGAAAAAGUAGAAACUUUGAUAAUUGAUGGAAGACAUUCUGAAUCUGACACUGAUAGCGAAAUUCAAAACAGUUUUACGACUAUCGAAUUGAACUCGGCUGAUAUUACAAUUCAUCGGACACCUGUACCGGAGACAAAUAACGACGAAGAUGAAGAAGACGAUGUUUACAGGAAAGCUGCGAGCUUAGGUGAUCUAUCAAAGUACGAAUGCAGAACGUCGGCGACACUUGAAAGAGCACAAAGUCUGGAUAUGACUGAUACCGGCACGAAGAAACGUAAAGCACCUCUACCACCGGAGGAUAUUAAUGAAUCUACGGAAGAUUUAACUAAACUUGAUCAAAUGGAUACUUUUGAUAGAAGAUUAUUGAAAAAGUCGAAUGAAUGGGGUAAUUUAGAAGAUGUUGUAUGGCGUAAAAAACAGGAUUCGGAAGAUAAGUCGCAAAGAUCAAAAAUUAGAAAAAAGAGUAAUGGUUCGCUCGAACGAUCUAAGUCUUCUAUAGAAAUUAAGUUAAAAGAUGAAACUUCUGUCUCGAAAGAACUAAAUCCUACAGACGACGAAACUAGUAUCGAACUUUAUAAUCUUCCCUUGAGCAAAAGACUUACAGAAGAAUUUAUUCAUGCAGAACGAAUGUUCAAUCCAGAUGAAGAUAAUUCUCUGAUCAGAAUUGUUAAUGAUGGAAAUGUUAUUAAAAGUCCUACAGUUGAAGAAGUAGAAUUACAAUUUAAAAAGGAAAUCUCAUUACCCGAUGAUCUUAACAAUGAUAGUAUGAUACUAAAUGAACAAUUUUCGGAUCAUGAUGAAAAAAUAGUGAAUAAAGAUUUCGAGAAAGCUUUGAAACAUUUUGAAACAUACGUACAAAAGCCGACAUUAUUAGAUUCCUCUAAGCAUGAUUUAUUUCGUUUCAAAAACUGGAAGGAAGAUAGUUCAUUAACGUCGAAUGAAAUGAUUUCAUAUGCCGGUAAAAAAUCUGUCAAUGAAGAACCAGUGACAAAAAUUAAUAUUAAAAGAGGAUGCCAUGCAUGCGAAGAGAACUGUAAUCGUCAUGAAACCUGCAAGAAAAAAUCAUUUACAAAAAGAUCAUCAACCCCAAUACCUUUACAAGAUUAUUCUCCCAAUUCAAUGGAAGGUAGUAGUUCCAAUUCGAUAACAAUUAACGACGAAAAGGAACAAGUCUCGAUGUCCCAUAUCCAUGGAUCUACGCUUAAAGAUAAAGAAAGUAGAAGUGAAAAGUCAUCACUAAAUUCGAACUCGUCGUCAAGACGAGUAAUUGGAGUCCCCAUAAAUCAAAGAAUCGAUCGAGAAAAUGACGAAGACGAAGACGAAUACGAAUUCGGUUCUGGUGUAACUAUAAAUAACAAAAACUUAUUUGACCGUGAGGAUCGUCGUAACAUUAAUAAUAUUAGUGUUUCAAGUGGUGAAAACAGUGAAGAUAGCGGGUUAGUUGGUGAAUCAAUGGAUUAUAAUCCACAAGACUUUGAUAAUCGACCACCACUCCCAGAUACGCCAAUGCCACAAAAAACGACUUAUAUUACGGAAAUCAAACUUUCUACUAAUAGAGAGGAAUUUCAAGAAGAUGACAACGAGAGCAGUGAAACGCUUUCCACAGUGGAAAGUAAGGGUAAGAAACCGAUGCAAAACGAAAUCAAAACGACUUCAAAUGGAAAAUCUACAACUAAUAAAAAGCCUCCCGUUCCUCCCAGAAGAACAGACAUUACGAAAUCUAAUAAAAAAGGAAAUGCGGAAAAACAAGUUAUUUAUGUAACCGAAUAUAAAUCUAAUGAAUCGAAAGAUUCAGAUGGUUCAGACGCGUCUCAUGAAAUCAAACAACCAGAUAAUUGGUCCGCAGAGACAUGAUCGAUAAAUUAUUUUAGGAAAUAAGAAAUAAAAUCGGACAUAAGAAUAAAGUAUUAGCGAAUUACAAAUAAUCAAUAAUGUUUUCGAGGUUUUAGAUUGAAAGUAAUAAAUACAUAUUAUAAACUGAAGGAGCAAUUCUAAACAUUGCAAAUUAUUAGCAACAUUUUUUUUACUAAUCAUUUCUUUUUUUUUUUUUUUUUAGUACAGGAAUAAGACAGAUAUUAUAAUCAAGUAUGAAAAUUUUAAUACUAUAUAUAGCUAAAAUUAGAAUAUACUGUACUUAAACUUCUUCACAUAGAGAAAUCACAUCGAUCGUAAUAUGUAUGUACUACUUAUAGUGCUCAUUCAGAAUAGAUCUGCUCUUGAACUAGUCGAAGAAAAUUUUAUCUAGUAUCUUCCUCAAUCUUCUGAAAAGACUGGCUCUUGUUUAAAAAAACAUGUUUUUUGAUCAUUUGAUAAAAAUAUUUGUUGUUAUAAUUAUAUUUAUUUUAUAACACAUUUCUUGUUUUAAAAAUUAUUACAAUUAGAAUUUGUAUUAUAUAUGAUUCGCAUCUGUGUAAAAUAGUACAGUAUUAAAGAGUAUCAUACAUACCAAAAAUUGUAUGUAUUUUGCACGCGCGUUUUUAAACAUCAUAUUUUGUUACAAUAAUAAGAAAUCACAAGACUAUGGUUUAAAAUAUUCCAGAAAUAGAUUAAUGAAAUUAUUAAUACAUUUACAUAAUACAUGGUUAUAAAUGAGCAAUAAUUAUACAAAUCCAUAUUAUUGAAAUUUCAAAUAUAAUAUUAAUUAAAUUAAUUAUAAAUAUAUAAUUCAUAGAAACAAUAUAAUUAGCAAAAUCAUUCAAAAUUCACAUUUUAUGAAAACGAAUUUAAAAUAUUGUAAAUUUUUUAAUAUAUUAAUUAUUACUAUAUGUAUAUAUAUUUGAAUAUUUUUUAUCUAUCGAAUGCUCGUAUACUAUCAGUACUGUGAUAGAUGAUCUAUUGCAAUAAAUGAUUUAUGCGUGUAUUAAAUCACGAUUUAUUAGAAAUUUACAUAUACAUGUGUAUAAUUAUUAAACAAAUUUUAAGAUAAUAAAUACCUACUAACUAAUGACCAUAUGAUAUAUGAAAAUGUUAACUCUAAAAUUAUUGAUUCGAUUAUUGAUAUUAGAUGAUAUUUCACAAUUUGAUCAACACAAAUUCAGUACGAGGCAAAAAUAUUUAUUAUAAGUUUUUCUAAAUUUUUUUAUAUGUGUAAAAAUAUAAAUAUUUAUGGAUAUGACUGUAGUAAAAAUUCAUUUUUUUAUACUGUAUUAUUAUUAUUAACGCAAUAUUAACAAUAAUAGGGUAACAUGGGGCAAAGCAAAACUAUAACAAUAUGAAAUAAUGUUAUUAUAAUGUACGAAUAUUAUAUAAUAUCCAUACUAUUUUAUUACCAUGCAUUAUCAUUCCAUAUAAAAAAUAAAUGAAUAAUUAUAAUAGUAUCAUUUUUUAAAUAUAAAACGAAUAUUUUUUAAACACUGCUGAUAAUUAUUAACAUCUUUUUACAAAAAUAGCUCAUAUGAAAGCUUAUAAACAAUGUUUAUAUUAUAAAAUGUACAUAAAAAAUAUAAUAUAACGAUAAACGACGACAAAACCAGUUAUAAAGCUUUGGUUAUACAAACAGUAUAGCAAUAUGUUUGUAUACAUUAUCAAAUUCUAUUACAUUAAUAUUUUACCGAAUAAAAGUUUCUCUAUUAAACUUCUAACCUUCUAAACUUUCUACACUAGAAAAUAUGUUCUAUUCUGUUGUAGGAAUCAUGAUUUUGGUAUUUUCAUAAUUCUUCUAUAUAAUCAUAUUUUCUUCAUUUUAAAUGAAUAUUAAUACAGAUAAAUUUACGGCAAAGUAAUCAUCAUUGAAGAAAAAUAAAAAAAAAAUGACAAAAAUGUAACAAUCAUCUUUACCUCAUGUUACUCGUCAUUUCACUGCAGUUUGCUGCAAAAUACUAUGAAUAUAUGUACACAGAAUUUUGCCACAUUUGUUUAUUGAUAUAUAUUAUAUAUAGUAAACAUUUAAAGAUUCUAUUUCAUGUUAUUAAAUCCGUCCACUAUAUAUUGUUAAUUGAGAAUAUUUGAAAAACAAGGGAACAUAAUAAAACAUUAUAUUAUACGUACAUAUGUAUAUAGGACAAUUUCAAGAAGCUAAUUAUACAUUGAUUUAACAGAUUAGUGAAAUAAGCAAUCAAUAAUUUGUCAUAAUUAUAAUUACAUAAUAUUAUCUCUCACUUUAUUCAUCUUCACUUAUAAAUCAUAUCAACGUUUUGUAUGUGCAUGUAAUUUUAGGGUAGGAAGUGUUUCAAAUUAUUAUCUCAUCAAUAUUGAAUAUUUGAGAUGCAAAAAUAAUCACACAGUUUUAUAUUUAAAAUUGUUAUUGACGCAAAUCCAUUUCAUCAUGGCUUCAAUUUCAAAUAUAGAAAAUUAUUUCUUAUAGAAAAAAAUAGUAUUUAUAUACAUAUAUAUCAUUUACAUAAAUUCUAAAUAGAUCUAUUCUUUCAUACUGAUCUUAUAAAUUAAAUGAGAUGUCACAAAUAUAAAUAUAAAAGCAUACUUUCAAAAUUAUUAUAUCGAUCUUUUUCAUAUUUGAAACUUGACAAUAAUUUAAUACAUGUGUAGGAUUUUGGUUGAAGUAUAGGUGCUCUUUCUAGUCUGUUUAUUCGGUAACCUGUUUUAGAACCAUCCCGUGUGCAUUUCGAUUAUUUAUAAGGCUGUGUGCAUAUGUGAAUAUCAUAAUUCGAAAAAUAAUUUCUUGUAUAAGAAAUUAAAUAAAUAUAUAAAUUAUGCAAAUUAUGCAAAAAAAAAAAUAUCUUAAUUUUUAAGUGAAAUAAUGAUAUAUGUUUAAACAUGCCUUAGAUUGGUAUUGAUAGUGAAAACUAAAUUUUACUUCUUGAAAUAAUUUUACAUGUAAAUAUAAGAUCAUGUUUGCUAAAAUAAGUCAUCUAUUUCGUAAUUUCUUCAAAAUUAAAAUACAAUUUUAUUUGUUAAAUAAUAUAUAUAUACAUUUUUAUUAAGAAAAAGAGUGUACAGUUAGAAAUGUUUUUUGUUGUAAAUAGAGGCCAGUUACGGAUGUUUCGUUAUGCAUGAUUCAAUUCGAGAGGCAAAUGAUCAAAAAUGAAAACUUUAUUAUAAUUAAAUUUUCUUUAGAGUUCUUAACAUUACUAAGACUUAAAUAACAGUUUGUAAUUUUUAGGAAAGUAAUUAAGUAAAAUUUUUUUAUAUGUACGCCAAAAUAAUGUACUAUACAUGUGAAAUCCAUCUGAGUCACAUGUUGAAUGAUUUUACAUUUUUCUUAGUAUUAACUUAACAAAUUAAACAAAACAGAUUAGUUCAUUUCGAUGUUAAAAAAAGAAAUUGAAGUUUUAAAAUAAAAAAGAGGGAAUAUCUUCAGUAGUAUUUAUCUGCUGCUAAUAUUGUCCAAGGACAUUUUGUACUAAUCUGUAAACAAUGCUAUUUAAACAUUCCCAUUUCUUGUAUAUUGCUAUUUUUAUGCGUUCCUUAAUUGUUAUCUACUGUAAACGAUUCUUAUUAUAUAAGAAUCUAACAAAAUGAAGGAUUUUAUUGGACCAUAUAUAAUCAUAAAGUGCAAAAUAUUGUAAUAAAAUUAUAGACAUUAAUGUUAAAAAUAAAGAAUCAGACAAGUAUUUACUAACAAAACGAAUGUAACAGUUUAGAAAGUAUCUAUAUAAUACGCAUACAUAUAUUAAACAAAACUCCGUUUUCUGUAUUUAAAUAGACUUCUUGCAACGAUACGAAAUUUUUCGAAUCGUCUGAUGUAUGUAAAAUGUUGUAAAUAUAUGUUAUUGAUACCUAUAA